CGGCGGCGGCCGGGCCCGGCGCAGCUUCCGGGGGAGCCGGCGGCCGUUCGGGGCGGCGGCGGCGCCAUGAAGCUGACGCGGCAGAAGCACGCCAAGAAGAACAUGGGCUUCUACAAGCACAACUUCCACUUCCGCGAGCCCUUCCAGGUGCUGCUGGACGGCACCUUCUGCCAGGCCGCGCUCCGCAACAAGAUCCAGAUCCGGGAGCAGCUGCCCGGGUACCUCGACGGCGCCACGCAGCUCUGCACCACCCGAUGUGUUCUGAAAGAACUGGAAUCAUUGGGGAAAGCACUGUAUGGAGCAAAAUUAAUUGCCCAAAGACUUCAAGUUCGAAACUGUUCUCACCACAAGGAUCCUGUGAGUGGUUCGGCCUGUUUACUUUCCAUGAUUGAAGAAGGCAACCCUCAUCACUUCUUCAUCGGUACACAGGACCAGGAUUUAGCAAACAAAGUGAAAAAGAAGGCUGGCGUUCCUCUCCUCUUUAUUAUUCAGAACACUAUGGUGCUAGACAAACCUUCUCCUAAAUCUUUAGCAUUUGUUCAAAAGUUGCAGACAAAUCAGCUUGUUCCAGAGCACCAAAAACAAAGUAUUGUGCAGCUUAAAGAAAAAGAAGGACUGGCAAAGCUAGAAGGUGAAAAGAGAAGAAAACGUAAAAGGGCAGGCGGCCCCAAUCCUCUCAGCUGUCUGAAGAAGAAAAAGAAGAAAACACAGGAGGGUCAGGAGCCUUCUGCUGAAAAGAAGAAAAGAAGAAAAAGAAAGCGAAAUAGGGUUAAAGCAGAAGCCCUGCAGUCAGUCCAGAAGAAUGAAGAAGAAUAAACCCAUCUUUGUAAAUAAUGCAGGACUUGAAGAUUGUUUGAACUUUACAAAAAGAAAGGUUAAUAUGCAGUCAUGUGAAAUCAAGUUGUUAAUAUUAAAACUUAUUUUUAUGAGGUG